CCUCUCGCAAAACGCAACAGAUAUUUACUCCUUCCUCUCGACCAUCGCACCAAACCAAAGGAUGGCAGCCGAAGGAAAACUUGUCAGUGGCAGGACGAGGAACGAACCGUCAUCGGGACAUCCACACGGUGUUCAAUGUCAACAGGAAGUCAACGGCGCAAUGACCAGCAUCAACCUUGGGAUGUCUGAUAACGAGAAGCAGGAACCGGAAGGACGAAACUUGUUGCAGCGACAUGCGUUUGUCGUGACGUACAUGAUGAGCAACAUGCUGGACGACCUGCAAGCGGCGGUCAAGGGUCAGUUCCGCUACAACUUCUUCCACAACCUCUACGCGUCGCAACUGUCGAAGUUCAACAUCACCAGAGAAUGCGGUGUUGCACUGAUGCCAGAGGUGCAAGAGAUUGAAAACAGCAUCAGUCGCGAGACGAUCCAGUGGGAGAUGUACAGCCAGUACGUCACCACCCUGCCAUGCAUCGUCGCCGCCUUCAUCAUUGCCCUGAGGUCAGACCGCAUCGGUCGUCGCCUGGGUUAUCUCCUCCCGUACGUCGUCAUGACGCUGGACUUCAUGCUUCUCGCUGUCAUCAUUCGACUAAAACUGCACUUUGGUUUCACACUCGUUGGUGAUUUUAUUAAGAGCCUGUCUGGAGGAUACAUCGCCAUGAACCUCACAGCCUAUGCGCUCAUCUCAGACACGCACGGGAAGAAAGGCGAAGCUGAGAAAGAAAGCUCUCCGUCCGAUAAUGAGAAAAGUCAGAAGGAGGACAGCGAUGAGCUGGACAUGUCACGGGAGAAUCAAAGGGCUUUAAAAAUAGUGUCGCUGACAGUUGCAAAAACCUUUUUGUCUAGCCUUCUCUCCCUUGUCACUGGCUACAUCAUCCAAAGAACGGGUUCUUUUUACACCCUCUGCGGCGUCAUCGUCCUGAAGAUCCUUCUUUUCACCUUUGCUUACACUUUCAUCGCCGAGACUAGCCAGCAAAAGAAAAGCUCGGGUUUCUUCGCGCCCGUCAAGACGAUUUUCCUGACGACAAAAAAUCCGAGAAAGAGACGAACCCUCCUGCUGGUCAACUUGGCGGCUAUUUUUACUGUCGUGUCCUACGUGACGGAGUUCGAAGUGAUGAGGAUCUAUCAGAUGAGUCCUCCAUUUUGUUUGAACUCCGUGGACCUGGGUCACGUGUCCAGCGAGACUCGCUUUCGAGCCAUCGUGACCAUUCCCCUGCUGUGGCUGUGGCGAAAAAUCGGCCUCACAGAGUCCACCAUUGCCGCCAUCGGUGUCGUCUGCGAGAUCAUCGGGACUGUGCUUCUGGCCACCGUUCGCAAGAUCUGGGUUUUCUUUGCUGCGCCGAUCAUCGCUGUUCCUGGCCUUCUGUGCUCUUCCAUGACAAAGAUCAUCAUCUCGCGACUGGUCGGACGUCAAGCCCUCGCAUCAUCCUUUGCUGCAAUGUUGGCUAUUGAUGAGUUGUUUGGUUUUGCUGGAGGGCAAGCUGGCAGCUACUUGUACAAGACAUUUAUAGACACCGUGCCUACCGCCACCUUCUAUAUGGCCACAGCCACGUUUACCGUGUCUGCAAUAAUGUACACCAUCGAGUCCAUUUUACAACAUUCAUACGCGAAGAAAGACGCCAGUGGACAAUCAACAGUUCCGGUAUCACCCUAACGAGGAAAAGUCCCAUCUUUUCUUUGACAAAUAUAUUAUUUCGACAA